GAGGCAGUGAACGACCGAGGAUGAGCGAGGCAGUGAAGCAGGAGGAUGUGGAGAUGAAGGAGGCUAUCGAGGCAACGCUGGAUCCAGCAGCUGCAGCAUCAGCUACCGAGGUGACGGGGGUCGAGAGCAAGAAAGAGGAGACCAAGCCAGAGAGUGUGCCGGCCGAGAAAGAGGAGACAGCAGAGGAGAAGCAAGUCAGACAGAAGGCAGAGAUAGCAGGAGCAUCAGAGACGAUCUACAUCAACAACCUCAACGAGACGGUGACGAUCAAGAACAUGAAGCAGACCUUGAGGAACCUCUUCAGAAACUUUGGCACCGUGCUCGAUGUCGUCGUUCACCGCAACCUGCGCAUGCGGGGCCAGGCCUUUGUUGCGUUCGAGCACAAGAAGUCUGCCUGGAGAGCCGUCAACGAAGUCAAGGACUUUCCACUCUAUGGCAAGCCCAUGCAAUUGGCAUAUGCAAAGACUCAGGCGGACGCACUCGUCAAGCGCAAGCUGCCGGAGAAGCUCGACGAGCAUCUGGCAGAGCGCAAAGUCAGAAAGAAGGUCAGCCGCAGAGACAAUCCGAUACGACAGAAGGCACUCGAAGCGCGGAGAGCUGCUCGAACAGCGGCCGAGAAUGCACCCGUGGACGGCAAAGCGGCUGCACCUGCGGCCGCACAGAGGCGAAUUGUCCAGAUGCCAGACGAGUAUCUGCCGCCCAACAAGAUUCUCUUUGUACAGAAUCUGCCCGAUUCCGUCAACAAGGAUGCCCUCGAGACGCUCUUCACACAAUUCCCGAACCUGUCAGAAGUGCGCAUGAUUCCAGGGCGCAAGGGUAUCGCCUUUGUCGAGUUCACCGACGAGACGAGUUCGGGCGUGGCCAGAGAAGCACUGCACAAUCAAAAGUACGAAGAGAGCAAGAUCAAGGUCACCUUUGCCAGGCAAUGA